AUGGCCUGCACGUCAGUUUCCAUCAUUCCACUGACCUAUUUGGGAAAUUCUGUGUUGAAACAAACACCGGACGAUCAGUUGACUACAAUUUAUGAACUAUUGUUUACUUACUACCUCGAUUUCUUGCACAAGACGGCUGCAAGAGAAAAACAACUCCGGACAUACGCGGAUGUCAUGUCGGACGCUUACUCGACUGUUGUCUUGGCAGUUGGAGGAGGCCAACUAGUACUACGGUUCAUCGGGACUGAAAAAUGUGGGGAACAGACUUUCAGAAAACACCUGGAGAAAACGUUUACCUCCGAAGAGUUAGUAUAUUUCAACUGCUACAGUCUGGAAGUUGUCAUUCAAGAGGGGCGUGGAAAGAAAAAGUGCUUCGCCUACUUUCGCCGUGCCAUCGACACAAGGCGAUGUGUUCCAGAAGACGCAUUGUUGCGACUGGACGAUUCACUAAGCGUGUGGUUACUUCGAAACAGACAUGUGCCUCGGCCACCGUUGAUUUAUUUCAUCGUGUUCAACAAGAUAUUCGAGAGCACUCUGAUAUGUCAUGCAUUUCUUGCAGGUGAUUUACAAUUGGGCCUUCAGGCAUUACGAUUGCUUGCUGAAUUGCGCCGCAGCGUUUUUCGUCACAUAUCUGGAGCCGAUGACUUGGAUGUUCCCACUGUCACAUGCAAAUACUGUGAGAACGUGCGGAUUCCUGGCUGUGAAGCAUGCGUUCACCUGCAUCCAGUGAGUCGUACUCGUGCCCGAUCAAGCGAUUCACGUUUGUGUCAUUCUACCACGACUACUUGCGCAAAUUGUCUGUCACGGAAUGUUCAUAAGCAUCAGGAUUGCGCGACUAGUGUCGCCUUGUGUCACCACCCCAUGUACCUGUGUCAUUUGAACGAUGUGUCUUGGUGCGCGUUACACGACAAUAAUUAUCGGUGCGCGUUCUGCGAACACCUGUUUUCGGAACCAAGUACAUCGGAUACGGAAGAUCAGCGCAAAAAGAAAUUACAAAUGAAAUUAGGUAGGGAGGCAGCGGAUUAUUACCGAAGACGUCGAAGACAAUUUCAUAGUGCACACACAGGUCGCGGAAAAACUGAAACGGACUUAGCAGCUCCGUCCCUACUGACCUCUAGUCUUCAGCGAACAUCCACACCUGAUUUGGUAAUGAAAAAAGACCCAAUUUCAACAAGUUAUACUGCAAACAAAGUAAAAAAUGUCAGUAGCUCACUGGCUAUCACGAAUUCGAAAACCAAGGAAACUGAGACUUCGCAUCCUUUCGGUGCGUCAAGCCGGCGCCGUCCAACCAGAUCAGCGGAGGGUAGAUCGGUGAGCUCGUUUCAAAACACUUCGUUAGCCAUGCUACCGUGAUGCAACUGCAUAUUCUCCUUUUAGCUGCAAC